AUGUCGAUCCCUGCGCUGGCUAGUCAAUUAUAUGACAGAUUCACCAUAACCUAUUCAGAAAAACUAGUCUUUCGUCGUGACAGGGCCCCCGAUCUAUUUAUCAUCAUCAAAUCUACCCGGGACCCUCCCAUUAUCGAUAUCAUCAAUGAGGCCACUACAACAGCUGGUCUGAAUUUCAUAUCUUGGAAUAAGGCAUAUUGUCUUCUCCCGAUCCCGACUAUACAAUUUCACAAGUUUUACCCACUCAAACCUUUCGACAAUUCCCUUGGAAAAGUACUACGCCAACGAGCCAAAUUCGGUUGGACGACACGGGAUCUUCUUUGGCCUGAUUUGACAAAAGAACUCAUCUCCGAUAAAGAAUGUCGUCAAAUUGGUGGACCAAGCACUUUAAUAAUCAGUCUCGGACAUAAUCCUCCGGGGGAUUACACUCCCGACCAUGUUCUCGAAGGAAGCAUCUAUUCCCUGGUGUGGAAGUCAGCGGGCUCUUCCAGGCGUCUGGUUGCCAGUAUGAAGCUCGCGCCUGCUACCUAUGCACUUCAAUACCCUCACACUUACGGUGAUAUUGGUGACGGUUGCAAAGACUGGUGGAGAUUCUUGCGUGAACGAUUAGAUCGUUGGAUUUAUGUCGAGGUAGUCAAGACGGAUCAUGAUCUACGACCGCAUGGAUUUCUCUUCCUGGCACUAGGGAACUUUCUUCUCUCUAUUCCUCCUGGAUACCAAGUACCUGAUUCGUGGGACUAUGCAGAUGACCAGAUCAUCCCAUGGUUUCGAGAGUGGGAGAGAGGAUGGACGAGGGUGAAUGAGUACUAG